CAUGUCCCAAGGAGGCUAUUAUGAGAGCGAACGGCACUACCAAGCCCUGGAAAUGCCCUCUGCGAGGCCCACGGGUACCGAUCUGGCCCCCUUCUGUGAAUCAGACCUGGCUUCCUGCAUGGGAGACGAGCAGCUGCUCUCAGAAGUGUUGCAGGGGGUCCAGCAACGAAUGCCCAAGGGCGUCCCCUACCCCAACUACUUCCCUGGGGAGCCGUACCCCUUUCUGUCUUACGGAGGGGAACGCAAAACUCUUGGAAAUUUCGACUCCCGCUCCGUCGCCGUCAAAGAGGAGCCCCGAGGAGGUGACCCCGGGCGGGCAGGUGGACGCCACCCGUACAGUGCCCCGCACUUCCCGGCAGCCCACUGUGCCCAGCUGGCCCUCAGCCAACCGGGGAUGCGGGCUGGGCAAGCCCUGAGGGUGCUGAAGGGCCCGUCCUGCAGCCCGACACCGCCCUGCGGCACCCCCAAGGGCAAGAAAUCCAUGAACAAGGACAGCUUGGAGUACCGCUUGCGCCGGGAGCGCAACAACAUCGCCGUGCGCAAGAGCCGGGACAAGGCCAAGCGCCGGGUGCUGGAGACCCAGCAGCGGAUGGUGGAACUCCUGGGGGAAAACGAACGGCUGCGCAGCCGCGUCGAGCAGCUGAUGCAGGAGACGGAGACCCUGCGUGACAUUUUCCGCCAAGUGCCCGAGGCGGCUGGGCUCAUCAAAGGGUUGGGGGGCUGCAGCUGAAGCCCGCUGGGGCGGGGGGGG